AUGCCGAGCGCGCUGCGCAAGCCUAAGCCGCCUAAUCAAGAGCUGCUACUACGAUGGUUCAAGGCGCAGUCACAACUCUUGGCUGAAGAACGAAAGGAAGAGCAAGCUCAGUCGAAGCUUGUUCUCUCCAGAACGGCGCCUAAACUUCUCGAGAAGCACGGUCUUGCGCUGCUCAGCUUGGGUGUCGCUUCGAUCCGCAUCGGUGUAGGCGCCAAGCUUCUGGUAGAACUCGAAAGACCUUCAGCACAUCACAUGUCGCCCAAGUUUCCACCUCAUACCUUCCGCUCCGGAGAUCUGGCGGCAAUACUAGAUAAUGGUGCCGAUCCACAAGCCACGAAUGAUACAUGUCUGCUUCAAGGCGUUGUGUACAAGGUCAGUGAUGCACGGAUCGUGUUGGCACUCAGUGAUGAUAAGAAACGUGGUGUGCCAAAAGAUAACACGCAAAUUGGACAGAACAAGCGCGAUGCGAGGAGAGGCGAGAACGAUAAAGUCUCAGGGAACAACCUUGACCUUCCGGAGCGUAUCAGGCUCGUAAAGGUAGCCAACGAAAGCACCUUUGACCGUCUGGAAUUAACGCUCGACAAGCUGGCCAAGGCGCUUGAUGUACCCCUCUCUGCUCCAUUGGACUCAAACGCCGACACCUCAGCUGAAGAGACCGAGGCCACCCAAACCUCGUCAUCCUCAACGACGAGCGCAACAAGCCUCACACGAAGCCUGUUCGGCCUCUUGGAGCCGACAUGGCAUGAAACAGAUCUUCCUCUGCCCCCUUUCAACCCUAACCUCAACGAUACUCAGCUCAACGCCAUUCGGCACGCGCUCUCCGCUAACCACUUCUCGCUCAUCCAUGGUCCUCCAGGAACAGGAAAAACAACAGCUAUCGUCGAAUUGAUCAUGCAGAUCGUUGCGUCUAACUUUGGCGCCGUAGAUGACGGAGCUCCGGUUCGGGUUCUCGUUUGCGGAGCCUCGAACCUGGCAGUGGACAACAUCCUCGAACGGCUUGUAGGCGUACCUGAACAUCGCGAAGUGUUCAAGAAGAAAGGUAUCGGCGUCACUCGGAUCGGACAUCCUGCUCGUGUUGUCGCCAAUCUCCAAAAAUUUACUCUGGACGCGCAGUGCACGCAGUCAUCUGAAGCGCAACUGGUCAAGGACAUCAGCAAGGAAAUUGAAAGCAUUAUGAGCGAGCUCAAGCCUACCGCUGCUCCGGCAGGGAACAAAUCGACCAGGGGCAAACCUAAGAUACGUGGACAUGAUCGCAGAAAGCGGUGGGAGGAGGUGCGAGAGUUGCGAAAAGAGUACAGACGGCGUGAUCGGCAGGUGACGAGGAGCGUGCUUGAUAGAGCUCAGGUCGUGCUUGCUACAUGCCACACAGCUGGAGGCAAACAAUUGGCGCACCGGCAGUAUGAUUGGGUGAUCAUCGAUGAAGCGUGCCAAGCAUUGGAGGUUGCAUGCUGGAUUCCGAUUCUGAAGGCAAGAGAGGGUGCGAGGUUGGUAUUGGCCGGCGAUCAUCUGCAGCUGCCGCCGACGGUCAAGGCGACUGUCCAUGGACCUCGAAGUAAGCGCAGCAAGCCAAACGUUUCGGGCCGAGACAAGGCGGGCGGCGUCAAGAGCAAAGACUUGACUGAUUCUCCUGCCAAGUCGGAGGGAGAAGCAGAUCAUAUGGAUGCCGACCAGGAUUGCGUCGACUCGGAUGCUGAUGAAUCAGAGCUCGUCAAAAAGUUGGUAGACGCUUCGCACGACAACUCUGCUCGCACCCAGCUACGCGUACCGCGGUCACUCGAGAGGACGCUCUUCUCGCGUCUUCUCGGCCUUUACGGUCCAGGCAUCAAAUCGCUCCUUUCGAUCCAAUACCGCAUGAACACUGAAAUCAUGUCGUUCCCAAAUACCGAGCUGUACGAAUCAAAGCUUUCCGCGCACGCCUCGUGUGCCAACAUCUGGGUUUGCGACCUCGAAAACGUUUCAACUUGCGACGGACUAGACGAAGACGAGCAAGAGCUGUAUGCGCCUGUCGUGUUCUACGAUACGUCCGGAUGCGAAUUCUACGAGAGCUCACCUGCGCCUCAAGAAAGUGUCAUGCUCACUGAUAGCAAAUCCAACAUGCACGAAGUUGGACUGAUCAUCCAGCAUCUGGAGCAGCUGUUUGCACGUGGGGUGCAUGCUCGGCAGGUGACGAUCUUGACUCCGUACUCUGCGCAGGUAUCACUUUUGCAUUCAAUGAUCCGAUUGCACCGCUUCUCAGGCCGUAUCGCUAGCGCUGUCGUCAACGCAGAGGAGAUCGAAUUAGGUACCAUCGAUUCAAUGCAAGGCAGGGAAAAGGAUGUGGUGCUCAUCAGCUUGGUCAGAAGCAACGCCGAACAGCAGGUCGGUUUUCUGGCGCAGAAAAAGAGACUCAAUGUGGCCAUCACCAGAGCAAAGAGACAGCUGGUGCUCGUGGGUGAUGCAGACACUAUCAGUGGCGCCAAGGAUCUACCAGACAGCUUCCUGCCUAACUACAUGCGCUGGUUAGAAGAAAAUGCCGUGGUUUAUCCUGUCGUUGCCACAAUCUAG